AUGGCCACUCCCAGAGUACCAAUUGUUAAGGGCCAAUAUCCAAUUCCUUAUGGAGAUCCGAUUGUUCGAAAGAAGAUUCGUUUCACGCUUCCAGGUUCUCCAAGUGAAACAUCCUCUCUUAGCGAAAAUCAUACUACCUCUAGCGAAGAUGAGAAUUAUGAUGAAAAUGAAUACUUUGUUGAAAAAAUUAUUUCUCAUAGGGAUAAACCAGAUGGGGGGUAUCAAUAUUUCUUGAAUUAUGCGACGGAACUUUUGAAAACUUACUGGCGUAAAAGAGGCGGUAAACCGAUUGCAAGUUCUUCAUCGUCUACUAAAUUUAAUGACUGCACGUCAUCCUUUCUUUCUAAAGCUUCUGUUAACAAGAAAUCAAAUGGUCAAGUUAAAAGAAGCCUAUUAUCCGUCAAGAAACCAUCAUAUCGCACGACCUCUCAUAAAUCUCACACGAAUGGAAUCACUAAUAUUGCUUCUGCCGAAUCAACUUCGCAAUCUCUUGUCAAAUACAAAAAAGAAAACGCGUCGAAAUUCUUAAACUUUGAAAAGAAAUCGUCUCGAAAUGGAGUGGUCAAUAAAAAUAAUCAUUCUUACACGUCCGAGGUUAAUAAAAGUGAGAAACACGAUGAUGCAACCUAUAAAGAUAUCAUGGAAAUAGACGAAGUGAAUGAAGAAGUACCAUUUAUGGCACAGCAAUUCGAGCAAAAACAUGAUCCAAUUCAAGAUUCCAACAUAAACUCGAGACUUGAGUUUCCCAAAGUUAAACUCGGACCAAGAAAACCAAAAAGUUAUAACCUUAUUAAUGAAAAAGAAAGUAAGAAUAUGAAAAGUAUUGAUGAAAAUUGGGAUCCUUAUAUUAAAGAAGUUGUCGCUAUUGAACCACAUGAUCAAGAUCCGAAUUUACUUUGGAUUUAUAUUUCUUGGCGAAGUGGGUACUUAUCAGUUCAUCUUAAUACAGAAGUUAAUAAAUUGUGUCCACUUAGUGAAAAAGGACCAAUAUCAAUUGCUGCAUAUAUGAAACAGGUAUUAACAAAUCCAAACAGUGGAUAUUAUAUGAAAGGUGAUGUAUUUGGUGUAAAAGGUGAUUUUAUUACUUCGCCUGAAAUUAGUCAAAUGUUUGGUGAGUUGAUUGGUUUAUGGAUAAUAUCACAAUGGGAAAUUCAAGGAAAAUCACAAAAAUCACAAAUAAUUGAAUUAGGACCAGGGAGAGGGACAUUAAUGGAUGAUAUGCUUCGUGCAAUGUCAAAUUUUCCAAAUUUUUUUAAUACAUUAAAUGGAGUACAUUUAAUUGAAAUAAGUCCUGAAUUAAGAAAUUUACAAUUAAAAAAACUCUGCGAAAAUCAAUUUGAAAAGACUGAAAGUAUGCCGGAAAUGUUUAAGCGUGAUAAUGAUGGUAUGAAAUUUUAUUGGCAUAAUAAUCUUGAUGAAAUUCCGGCUGAAUGUUCCUUUAUUGUUGCUCAUGAAUUUUUUGAUGCUUUACCUAUUCAUAGAUUCGAGCUUACAGAUAAUGGAUGGAGAGAAUAUAUGGUCGAUAUAGAUACUUCAAUAGACAGUUCUUAUCAUUUCCGUUUAAUCCUCUCACCACAACCUACAAAAGAAUCUAUAUCAUUAACAUCAUCAUCACAAUACAAGAAAUUUAAUAUUGGAGAUCGUAUAGAGAUAUCGCCAGAUUCUUGGAAUAUGAUACAAAAAAUUUCAAAUCAAAUUUCAAAAUUUGGUGGUGCCGCCUUAAUCAUUGAUUAUGGUCAAGAUUUUAUACAAAAUGAUACAUUAAGAGCUAUUAAAGAUCAUAAAUUUGUUCAUUCAUUAAGUUCUCCAGGAAAUGCUGAUUUAAGUGUUGAUGAGAUUAGUUGA